CAGAACGUGUUUGGAUGUAAAACGGUGAUUUAGCGGAAGGUUUGCGUCCACUCGGUACUCGGUACAAUAAGAACGUGUGUGUGCGCGCGCGGUGGCAAAGCCAACCGGCCGGUGAAGUGUAUUAACGGAAUUACAUACAUACUUGGAGUUGAAGUGAGGUUUUGUGUAAUCAAAAAUGCUUGAAAUAUUGUUAUUGUAAAAAUGACAAAUGAAUAUCAAUAAAAAUUAUAGGGAAAUUAUAGAAAAAUUUAUGCAAAGUUCGCGAUUGCGUUUGCCUUCGUGAGUGAAGAAAAGAGCAGUAACGAGUUGGGGGCAACAACAGCGCCUCGAACAAACAACGAAUUUAAUCUGUCAGCUGGUGACGCAACAUUCCUACUUCGCCUCAAAUAAGGAGAGCCAGGAGAGUGAUACUCUAAAUAUACUCGCUGGUGAGGGCAAUAAAGUUCAUUUUGAUACAAUUACUCAUUUUGGUUAUUAAAAAUAAAAAAAAUAAAAAAAAAAACAAUAAAGAAGUAAAAAAAUAAAAAUAAAUAAAUAAAAAAAGUUAAAUACGAUUCGUGUGCAAGAAAAUAAAUCAAUAACAAGAAACAACGAUUAAUCAAAACGAUUGUAUAUGAAAGUGAAAAAAGCAUAGAAAAAGCAAGCAAAAGUUCGAAAAUAUGAAAAAAAAUAUGGUAAAAAUGUUAUAAUUCGCAACAAAACGGUGGAAUAAAGGAGAAAUACUUGUAUAACUCUUCAAUAAAGUUUGCUGUGUCAAAAGUAAGAAGUAAUUUUUCGAGAACAGACUGAAGGAAAGUUCAACUAAAAAGCAACAACUACAACAAAAGAGCAUAUAUUUGUAUAUACAUAUGUAUUUAGUUAUAAUAUUAAAUUAUAUAUAUAAAAACCGAAUACCGCUAACAGAUAUAGUUUUUAAUGUAAUAACAACAGCAUUGCCCAAUUGUGGCGCCUAAAUCGGCACACUGGCACCGCCCAAUUGGUGCGGGUGAAAACGCUCUAUAAGUCAUUAACGACGCAAUCAACGACGUGGGCGAUAUCAAUUACUUUGAUGGCAAUGUGUUUGCUAAAACACAACAUCUUAGUUCAUCUACUAAUUAAAUAUCUGUUGAUCCUGUGUGAAAGUGGUUUAUUAACAACGAACAAAAUAACAGUUAACGCCAACGGUAAUACAAUCAUCUCUGGUCCAUUCCUACAACUUGAAAAACCAGAACUGACAAAAUUAUUAAUCACAAAACAUCAUCUGUAUCAUUAUUUGCCGUGUAUUGCCACCAUUGAGGAGAAUUACUACGAUAUAAGCAACGAGACAUAUUACUUUUACACCUGGUAUCGCAAUGAUCAAAUUGUGGAGAUCCAUAGCGGACGCAACGAGUUCAAACUUUAUCGCAAUGGUACAUUACGCCUGCCGCCCACUGAACGCGCAGCCGGCGCUUAUCGCUGUAAAAUCAAUGCCAACACCACAGCCGUGCUCUCGGAGCUUAUCAAAGUGGAAUAUCCAGUACUCAAACGCGUAACAGCACCAGCAAAUAUAACCGCUGCGGCGGGUCUACCUCUAAGUCUUGAUUGUCCGGUCGUAAGUGUGCCACCGGCAAAUGUUAGUUGGUUCUAUGGAAAUGUAUCGUUAUCAAAGCAAUUCAAAGACAACAGAUAUUUAAUACUUGCCAAUGGCACGCUGGUAUUGCGGAAAUUGACUUUGGAUGCUGCGGGACGUUACAAAUGUUUAGCUCAAAAUCAGUUUGCCUUCAAAACUCAUCGUCAGUUCAUGUUUACCUUGAAUGUGUUGGAAGAUCUUACGACAACAGAUCCUAAUGAACUUUUACCCAGUUUGCAGAAUUCAACGCUUUACGUGGCAACAGGCGCCAAUUGCCAAUUACGAUGUUACCAUCAAAUGGAUGGUGGGCCACUCAUAGAGUGGUGGUAUCGCAGUGGAUUGAAUGGGAUGCCACUGAAGAUCAGCAAUCAUAGUAAUGAAUAUAUUAUAGAGCAAGCUAGCCAAGAGGCAAAUCAAGGUUACUACAGCUGCAGCAGUGGGAGAAGUAAUCAGACUUUUCAUGUCAUCGUUACCUCACCACCGGUGAUAGUUGAGCCACUCGUCUCGUACGAGACACUGAUAACCGCAUCGUUGCAAUUUCGUUGUAGCGCCACCGGCAAUCCCCAGCCGGUGAUUAGCUGGUAUCACAAUGGGGUUCCUCUCAAUAGUUCCUAUACGCGCUACAUCAUUGGCAACGAAUUGCACAUCCAUUCGUUCGAUCCGAUUGAGGCGGGCAUUUAUCAAUGUUUUGCGCGUAAUAUAGCCGGCGAGGUGUACAGUGCAGGCGAGUUGCGAUUUCGCAAUAAAAAUGAUGAGCUACUGCUGAAGAAUCCGCUGCAGAAUAUACGCUGUUAUGCGCUGAGCUUUAAUACGAUCAAUGUGACGUUUGAGAGUAACUUUUUUGAGUCGCUCUUCAUCGUGCAUAUUGUACAAAAUAAUCCGCAUCGUUGGAUCUCACCAUUCGCCCCAAUGAAACUAAAUCAUACCUCACAUUUGGUCAUAUCAAGCCACCUCCCCGUUUACCGUCCAUUCGAGCUGAUUACACGCGUACUGGUGCCCACCUCGGAGAUACGCUUGGCCAAUAAGCCGCAACAACAGACGAUACUCAGCUCGUUACGCAGCCCUCCGGUGACAUGUUGCACACAAGGCUUACUUUUACACUUGGUGCACAUGGGCAACAAUGAUACAUUUGUCACUUGGUCACAACCGGAGUUGGAGGGCAAAAAGUAUUUUAUACUACAAUUCUCCAACAACUACACACAACCCCACCCCCAGCAAUUGCUUGCACAACGACUGCGUGGCACUCUACAGCAUGUUGAUCUCACCCAACAGGAUGUUGCUCGUCGGCUAUGUGAUAUCACUGCUCUGGAUGAGAUGGAGACACUUGCCGUGUUGAGGAAUGCUCAAGCCCAGUACCUUGACAAUAAUAGCCAUGUGGAAAUGGAGGAAGAAGUGUUCAACUUGGUCGUGUACGCGAAUGUCACAGGAGUUUUAUUACAACAUUUUCAACGCAUAAAAUUGCGGGUGCUGAUUGUCACGAGUGAGAAUGAACAUCUCAAGCAGGACUUUCGUUAUGUGCAGUGGAAGACGAUCGAAAAUGACACCAACGAGUUGGCCAAUACACCAUUUCGUCUGAGCGUAGUAGAGUCACGAAUGCUCACAUUCCACUUUCGCGAAAAUUUCAACGAAUCCUGCGUGCACGUAUGCCACUGGCAGAUACAGUUCCCCAUCAUACGCAAAGAGGAGCCAAAAUGUGAACAGCUGCCAAUAGCAAACUCGCAAGUUAUAAUACGAGGACUCAAACCAUCCGAACGUUAUCGUGUGAACUUCUUCAGCUGUGAAUCGCAAACAUUCUAUGGGCAAGUGGAUAAGCAAACAUUGCCGGAUCCGCCUGGAACUAUCAGCAAUCAACGUAUAAUACGGCACAAUGGGCUAAAAUUGGUCUGGGAUCCACCUUUACAGCCGAACGGCAAGAUACACCACUACAAUAUACUCUGGACAUUGGGUAAUGUUACACAUGAGAUCAACAUUCUAGACUGUACGAUAUGUUCCUUUAAGUUUCCCAAUAUCUCUGAGACGGCGAAAAUCAAUGUAACUGUACGCGUUGUAGGCGAAACUGGCGUGGGUGCACCCAUUUUUAUUGAUUUACGCAGCAUUAGCCAUCAUUCACUGGAGAUUGAAUGUCCGUCCGGCGAAUCGGAGGUUUACAGUGGCAUCAUUAUCGGUACGCUGCUCUCUGUGGUUUGUGUUGUUGUCUUCGCUUUGCUUAUCAUCUUUCAACGGCGACGCUAUAAAGCACGCACCCAAGGCCCUACACACCUUAGCUCACCGUCUGAUAUGAAUUUCAGCAAUCUGAAUAAUCCAAGUAUACCCAGCGAAAGUGCUGGCGGCUUAAGUGGCAGCACCUUCCAACAGGAUUGUCAUGAAAUGCAAACUUUGAUACCAAAAAGUGGCCGUUACGUCGAUCUGCAUGCCGCCCGUACGAAAGAGUACCAAACUACACAGCUGCCGAAUGGUAAUGGCAAUAUAGCACAGCGCGAGCUCCUCACUGUUGAGGUGCAGCCACAUACACACUGUGUACAAACCGAAUCCGUGCUGGAUGGAGGAGGUGCGAACAUGUCGCAAUUGCCGCUGUGUAGUUCAACGCCGGAGAAAGGGCCACCACCAGAUGGCCCACAUCCGUUCUUCAUACCCUUCAAGCAGACGCCGCCCAAUACAGUAGCUACGGCGCUGCCCAAGCAAAAUUCCUCAAGUAAUCCACAUGCCACAAACGGUGUUGGCGCUAUCUGUAGUGCGGAUGAUGCGAGCGGUUUUAUCAUGCCGUCCCAUACGUCAUCAACACCACCGACAACGCUAACGCUCGGCCUGACGGGUCAGCAACGUAGCGGCAGCGUCGGUAGUAGUAGUUGCGGCGGUAGUAGUUCUGGUCCUAACGGUAGCCGUAGUAAUAGCAGUAGUAAUAGUAGUUGUAAUAAAAAACAGUUCCAUGCGAAUUAUUCCAAACACUCCAAAUCGAAUGAUGUGAUUUGUCUGCUCGCGGACGAGGAGGUCGCAGCGACAUUAACGCCAACCAGCGAGGCGGCAGUAGCGUUGGUCCUAACUAAUGGUUUCAAGGCAGCAGCAGCGGUCAAAACAGCAACAGCGAUAGCACCCGGAGGAGAGCCGGCAGCUCGAAGAACGGCAACUGAUGUAGUGCCCGUCGUGCAGAAACCAGCUGCAGCGACAAGUACUAGUGCUGCGCGACAUAUAUCCACACAACCAAAUAAAUUUGCAUCUUUAGCUGGCUCCAGUACUAAAUCGCAACGCAGCUCAACAGCGAAACUUAAAAGAUCUGCAGCGAGUAGUAAGCCAAAUAAAUCGGCUGCGCUUAGCUGCGGCAACAAUUCCAUAGUUCCUGCCAUUGGUUCGAGCAGUGUCGGUGCGGCUGCUCCCACGCCGAAUCCCUGGUCUACAACGAUACCACAAUUCAUAGCAACAACAGCGUCCUCAUCAUCAUCAACACCGGCGGCCAGCAGCGCCAGCAACGCUUUUAGUGUUGCCUUUAGUGGCGUGCAUCGACGCCCCAAUGUAGAUCCGAAUGGUUGAGGGCUAUGCGCCGAUGUAUAUACACAUAAAUACAUUCAUACUUAAGUAAAUUGAGAGAAAGUUAUUGAAGAAAGAAAGAGAGAGAGAGAGAGAGAGAGAGAGAGAUAAUAGCAAAAAUUGUGAAUCAAGGAACACAUUCAGGAUAAAAAUUAGUGAUUAGGCGUAGUUGUGUGCGCCUCAAACGUAUUGAAAAUAUACAUACAUACAUACAAACAUG